AUGAUGGACAAUGCAUCCAUAAUCUCCUCCAACCCCGCCCGCACUGUCUUUCCCAAGGGCCCCAGCUUCUCCCUCGAAGACUUCUCCGGCCGGGAUUUUAUCGUCAAGGAGUUUAUCGAGGCUCUGUCCGACACUGCUAUCUCCGCACGUCGCUCAACAGUGGGAACGACCACGGCCAAUCAACCAUUUGAUCCGAAACCCCUCAUCCGUACAUUCGAAGGCGCCCAACGACGGCUGGGGGAACUCUCGGGGGACCUGGAGAUUCGAGAAAAUGAACUCUCUGCGGCGGUCCGUCGGGCAGAGGCCCAGCACUCGCAGAACCUCACCUCCCUCGGUCGGAAGCUCCGACAGGCUAUUGAUUCAUUCCAACAACUCGAUACCUCGCUGAACGGCCCCGGACUUGAGAGCACCGGGGGCACCGGAAACAUGGCGGUGGAGACUGGACGGCGAUUGGAGGAACUGGAUCGACAACGACGGCGAGCUCUGGACGCCCACUUCUUGCUCGAAUGCUGGGACGGGGUCUGUAAUCGCGGGGAGAUCUCACUUCUGGAGAACCUGCGACGAACGGGCACGGCGGAGGCCAAGGUACGGUCUGCACAUAUCGCGCGACAAUUGCUACGGAUCAGCCAACGGCUGGACCCUCAAAGCUGGCAGCAGAACCAGAGCUCAUCGACCAAUGGGCAUCACGGCAAUUCUUCCUCGGAGGACCUGCACAGUGGGAACAGUACACCGCGUCGGAAUACAAGGGAGAUUAUUGAGAAAUUCUCCGAAACUUUGGAAAAGGAUCUAUUAAAACAGUUUGAUGACUUUUAUCGCAAGGCCAACUUUGACGGUAUGAAGGACUGUGCUACCGUGUUGCAAGACUUCAAUGCCGGCUCUAGUGUGAUCGCGCUGUUCGUCAAUCAGCAUCAGUUCUUCAUCGAGCGUAGCCAACUGAUGACGGAGGAAGUCGGCGGAGAUGCGGAAUCAUGGGAGAGAAUGGCCGACCCCGACGCUGAGCUUCCCGGGGUGGAACCCAGUCUGCAAUCGUUGCUCGAUGAGGUCAAAGUGGUGGUGCAGGAAGAGUCUGCGAUUAUUAAACGAGCCUUCCCAUACUACGAGCAAGUGCUUGGAAAGUUCCUCCAGCGCGUGUUCCAGCAAUCCAUCCAGCAACGAUUGGAAAUGGUCCUCGAAAAGGCCGGAGGCGUCUCCUCUCUGGCAUUUCUACGAUGCUUACAGAGCUCCCGGGGCUACAUCAGUGCCUUGAUCGAUGAUUUGAAGGCGCAUGGAUUGACCGAGCACCCCGAACCAAUCUCCUCCCAAACCGCACUUCUAUUGGAUCAACAGCUGGAAGAGCUCUUUGUGCCCUACUUUGUGGGGUCGUCCUAUAUCGAGCGCGAGAAGCGCACGCUCGAGGAUCUCUUUAAUGCCCUACUGUUCAAAUUCACUAGCUAUCAGGCCCGCCGCAAGAAGGCCGCCACCACCUUCAUGGCUUCCCUGUCUCGCCCGGGCACAGAAUUGCUGUCUACCACUCGUGAUGCGUUCAUCGCUCGGCUAGACUCGCCCGAUGUGUCUCCCUUUCAACGGAGAACGCUGCUUCAGGUCGCCAAGCUCGGUGAUGUCCCCGACACCGUACGGCUGACGGAGAUCAAACUCACCGACGAAGAUGGUCAGCCCAACCUGAGUGAUGCGAAGCGCAUGCUGAAGUGGCUGGCGGAAGCGGUGGGUCGAGGGCUGGAACUGAGCGUCAACGCGGACACGCACAAGGAUGUGUCGGCUCUGCUGAACUUGCUACUGCUCACCAUGGGCGAGGGAUACGUGGAUGUCUGCCUCGACGCUGCCCUGGAGGCAGCCACGGCUCAAGAAUCCGGCAAGAAUGAGCCGGACUUUGGAUACCUACCUUCUGUUCGAACCACGAUCAGUAUCACUACGUUGAUGGUGAUGUGCGUGAACGCCGUCCUUCUGCCCUUGGCGGCGGGGAGUAUCACUACUCGUCGGGACAUGGAGAAACGGACCAGCCAGGCCACUUCGCGAUUUGAGGAUAAGAUCAACACCAUCGAACAAAAGACCAUUGACGGCACUCUCGCGUGGGUUGGGCGAUUGCUCUCAGGUCAACGAAAGAAUGAUUUCCGACCUCGGGAGAGUGACAAUGCCACAUGGCUCGAGAUGCUGCAGACACCGACCUGUGCAUCGAUAUGUACGUUUCUCACGCGACUGCACAACAUUGCUCGUACCUCGUUGCCCUCCAGUGGGGCCAACGUGCGACAAUUUUUGACGGAGAUUGCCCUGGGGACACGCGGACUCCUGCUGGAGCAUUUUAAGCGGUUCGCCGUCAGCGGACCGGGUGGGUUGAUGGUCACCAAGGAUAUGACCCAAUACGCGGACCUGCUCAAGUCGUGGGACAUUGACGAAGAGAUCAAGGCCCCUGGUGGCGCGCUGGACGUGCUCUUGGAAGUUGGAAAUUUGUUUGUCAUUGGUGUGGAGGCGCUCCGUGAGCGCAUCCGCGGCGGCGCCGCCAGUGGCACUGGGCCUGGCUCCAGUCGAGGCUCCGGCCCCGAGGCCAAACUCAGUGUCAUGGAAGUGCGAGCGUAUGUGUCCCGUCGGGAGGAUUCGAAUACCCUGGCUUUACAACAGGUACUCAAUGCUCUGUGA